AUGGCAUUCAUCCAAGAUCCUAUAACUCUUGGACUUGUUCGCGACGAUUAUCCCGCAAAGAUCGCCCGUAAUGCUUCGGAGCCUACUGACUGGGAACAGAUGUCGAAAGAGACAUGCGUACCUCUGGGAUUUGAUGACUUGUUUGACUGGGUCAAACUACAGGAGCUCCCUUUCUCUCCCGACCCAAGUCGAAAAUGGGAGGUCGUUCAUGUACCGCACUCCGAUACGUUCGAUGAGAACAGCCUGAGUCCAUCGCCACAAACUUCGCUACGACGCAUGACGAUACGGAUAUACGGUGUCAUAGGCAACCUCAAUCUCAUGGACUUUGGCAAUUGGGACAGAACAGAAGCCGGGGCUGCAAAAGCAAUGCAAUUCCUUUCACUCAGAGCUGGCCCCUUCCAACUACAGUUCUCGGCUCAGCAAGCCGCGCUCGCAGAUCUCAGAAAGAUGGUCUUCAGGUUACUCGGUGAACACGAACCGAAUACCAAUUAUAACCCAGACGAGAUGUUCUUUCAUAGGAGAGCGUUCAACAAAAUAGACGGAUUCGGAUUUCAACAACCUCUUACAUCUGCUCUCGACUCCGACGAGGCUCGUCUUGCGGCUAUGGCCAGUAGGUGGACUCCGACUGUGUCCCCGCCUUACGGUCGCAAACUUGGUGACGGCUCUAUCAAAAAGACAAAUCCUGCCGUUUUCAACCGUGGAGAUUUUGUGGACGUCACUGCUGCAAUAGAGAUCGCUUCCAUAGGAAGAGCAGCAAAGGAUCGUAAGACGAACGUCCAUUUCACCUUUACCAGAGUCGUGAGGCUUCUUACAGCAUACGAUCUGAAUGAGAUACUUGGAAACUCCAUCCCACUCUCGGCCCUCAUCCCAGACAUCCAGGACGAGAGAAUGGACUUCGAAGCUGGUUCCGACGAAGAUUGCGCUACAUAA